GAGACGUGCGCGGGUUAACAUCAAGGCCUCUUCGCCGGGUUGCCCUGAACCACAACCCGCUGUAUAAAACGCCCCUCUCGUUGGUUCCUGGAGCACUGCUGCGCUUCCCGCUGUGUAAGGAUCCAUUAUUCCUUCAUCAUGCGCUCUGCACUCGUUGUUCUAUUAUGUAUGAUCGCUGGUGCGUGCUGUCAAGAGGCUCAUUACCAAUCGCCGCAUAAAGCGGCGAUUUUAAGCGACACGCGAUAUCUCGCGGGUGACGGCACAUUCGGAGCGGCAUAUUCCCAAGAAGACGGAGUAGUGUUCAAGGAGGAGAGCGACGUGAACGGUGAUCGACGUGGAUCGUACUCGUACGUCGAUCCAACCGGACAAAGGCGCACCGUGACCUACACAGCAGGAAAGAAUGGAUUCCAGGCGACCGGGGACCACAUUCCUAGCGCACCCCCGCAGGUGCCACCCCAACCGGAGUACGUGCCGCUGCCGCAGUACAAUCCGCCGGAUUAUCAACCUCCGAGCUACGCGCCCACCCCUCAGCAGUAUCCGCGACGAUAUCAACCAGAUUACGAACCGCAGCCGGCCGUUUACCAGCCGCAGCUUCAUCCGCAGUACCAGUAUCGACCGCAACCGCAGCCGCAGCCUCAGCCGCAGCCACAUCCACAGCCGCAGCCUCGUUACCAUCAUCCCCCGGAAUUGCAAGCUAUACCUUCGCAUGCGACUUCAAGUGGCCACUAUCAACCCCAACCUCGCCCCGCGCCGCAGUAUAAUGCGAUAGCGACACCGACAGCGCGCAACUUUUAUCCACCGGGGAAGCUCAAUUUCAAUCGAACCCCCGACGGCUUCUCCUACACGUUCAACAAAAGCUAAGCGACACGUGAGUUAACUAAUAUGAGCAGCAACGACGUAUCUAUAACGAGAGAGCGCACUGAGAAAUACAAGUGUUUGAUAUUUGUUAUACAGUAAAAGAAUUAUAAUUGGGAGAAUGAUUUUUGUAGUAAAUUUUACUAUAGUGUUUUAGUGGUAAUAAUCUUAUAUAUAUAUUGUUACCUAUUUUUUUGUUGGGACAACAAGAAGUUAACGCCAAAAAUAAUAAUUAUUGUUAAUGGCAUUAACUAUUUUAUCUCUCAGUGCAUUAAAACUCUCGAAUAAUCAAAAUGUGCGUAGUUUCGAAAUUUCAAUAAUUAGAGUGUACUUUUAAUAUAUGUUGAUAUGUACAUUUUCUCGUCAACGGAAUAAGUUUGGAAUAAUGUAUCUAUUUUUCGGCAAAAAUGAAAUGUCGAAGCAGCUUAGAAAUCGAGUGACUUUCAUCUCGCUGGUUCGUGCAACGCCCAAGUGUCUCGCAUAGCAAUUUCCUUCGCUAAUGCGAGCACAAUCACGCGCUCCAUGGGGUCGGCUCACUUUCAUCCGGUAACCUUUGCGUUCUCCAUAGUGUUGCAAUUGAGAAUCCCACGAUACCGAAUGAGAUGCGGAAUACGCCCAAUAUAUAUUUGUACAAGAAGUGCAAUACACACCGGAGAUCAGAGGAGCGUAUGUUUAUUCUCUCAUACAUAUUAAUCUAACUUUCAGUCGCUAUAACUAAAUUAGUUUUAUUUAUUCAACAUAAGUACUACGGUGGGAUCAGUUGGACUUCAACAAAGAAUUGUAGCUUAUUGAGUGUCAAUAUAAUUCAAUAUACGCCGGAAAAAGGUACAUUGUUACACAAUGGAAACUAUAAAAAUUAAAUACUGUUAUUUCUAA